UCUCGGGUCUUCUACAGUAAACAUGGCGGCUGCAGCAUCACCAGCAGUCCCGGACAAAACACCGAAAAAAGACCCGGUGCCGUUUGAUUUCUCUCAGCCCCCCGUUAUCGAGGGCUUCAACCCGCUGCCGAAGGUCAGAGAUGAGACUUUCAAAGAGAAGUUCAUGAGGAAAACCAAGGAGAACCCCUUCGUCCCGAUAGGUUGUUUGGGCACAGCGGGAGCACUGAUUUAUGGUCUCCGAGCCUUCCAUCAAGGGAAAACCAGGCAGUCCCAGCUGCUGAUGAGGGGACGGAUCUUUGCUCAAGGCUUCACUGUAGUUGCCAUUAUUGUCGGCGUGCUAUCCACAGCUCUGAAACCCAAACAGUGAAGACAGAUCAGAGCCGCACCUCUGCCAUGGUCCAUUCAACCUGGAUUCAGACCAGAUCCACCUUAGAAUUGGACUGAAUAAACUGAAUAAUGUAUUAUGUUUCCAACAUUGUUCACAUAUGUUGAGGCCAACUUUAUUUAUUGAAUAAAAACUGUGAACUGCUCAUGGUGAUCAAAUGCUUUUAAGUUAGCAGAAUCGGCAUCUUACCAGAAAAUGUAAGCAAGCUGGACUCUUCUUUAACUGUGCUCCAACAGUACCCCACGUAUUGUCAUAUUGUUAUACUGUACCGCACCUAAAUGUGUCUUCUGAUAUAAACUUUGAUUUGAA